CACGUGUCUCAUUUCAUUUUGGGGACGUCUUUUAUGCGCUUCUCUUGCACCAACUAAGAUGCGCUCGUUGCUAUUCUAUAUGUAUCUUGCAUUUUUGAAACACUAUAUCACAUGCAUACAAGACAAUAGAAGUUUCUUACGCAAUUUUUGCCUUUAGCAAGGCAACCACUGUAUCUUGAUCUUAGACCUUUUAUAUUGAGAUUGUAGUAGAUAGAUGUCUCUGUCUUCCUCCUCAGAUGGCCAUUAAAACACUUCCAAGACAAUCUUUUACUUAUUUUUUUUAUUCUCUAAGGAAAAUAUGUUCUCAUUUAACUUGAGUGGAGACUGAACAUACCGGUGGACUGCUGAUAUUAUUGGUUUGAGUUGGAAAUGUGUGUAAUUUUUAUUGUACCAAAGAGUUUGAAGUCCCCCGUCCCCUUGGUGGCCUCGGUGGGUUGAGGAAACAAGAAGAAAUGAGGCAGAGCCAUUAAACCCUCGACAUCGCAUUCUCGAUGUGGCUCCCAUUAAUAGCAUGCCAUAUAUUGGUCCACCUCUUCCACACAGCUACGUUCCUUCUUCUCCACGAGUAGAAGAUCCCGAGGCUCUGGUGAAGGUUGGGCCAGCCAUGGUAUAUUGUCCUCUCACAACCAAUCAAGAGUGGGCUGGUAUUGUAUCCGCCGCCAAAACUGGGAUUGCCCUCACUGGGACUGCAGCCAUGGGAAAAGUUGGACCAGUUAUUGGACGUGUGGACAUUGGCGAGAAUGAGAAUUCAUACUUCUUCCGCGUCUCUCUUCCUGGGGUGGCCAGAGAUCAAAACAGUUUCAGUUGUGACAUGGAGACGGAUGGAAAAGUGAAAAUAAGAGGAGUGACAACAACAGGAGAGAACAUAGUAUGUAAGAAUUCACAGGUAUUUCGGAUGCAAACAAAGAAUCUAUGUCCACCAGGUCACUUCUCGAUCACUUUCCAGCUACCCGGUCCGGUCAAUAACCUGCACUUUUCAGGUGCUUUUGGUGCAGAUGGGAUUUUAGAAGGUACUGUAGCUAAAGGGUGAUUAACAAGCUUAAACGGGGGGUGGGACGGGGUGUUAAUUAAGAUUGCAGGGUCAUUUUGGUAUUAUGUUGUUAGGAAAAGGCCUUUUCUGUGGAAAACACUGUUCAUAAGGAUAGAAGUUAUUCAUUUUUUCCCCUCUCACAGGUGAUGCUUUUGAAAGCAGCAUCUUAAUUUUCUCAACCAAAGCUCUCCAGAAUAUCACAUCGCUGUGGAAAUUGUAAUUUUGGUAAAGAUCUAUUGUAUAGAAAACAAGUAGUCAGUUUACCUUACCAUGAAGUUCUAUGAUAUCUCUGUCUAGAAUUUUGCACUCUA